CCCAACUCUCUCUGUUGCAAACUCAACAAACACCCAGACCAUCGACAACCGAGCUUCUCCAUCUCCACUCCUCAAUCACAUCAUGAAGAAAAAAGGCGGAUCUUCCCGGUUUCCAGUCGCUCGAAUAAAGAAGAUCAUGCAGGCGGAUGAAGAUGUAGGUAAAGUUGCCCAAGCGACCCCAUUACUAGUUUCCAAAGCGGUAGAAAUGUUCAUGCAAUCCUUGGUAGAGGCAGCCGUCAAUGAAGCCCAACAGCGUGGCUCGCGAAAGGUUCAAGCGUAUCACUUGAAGCAAGCCAUCCAGGUGACGCCCGCGUUUGAUUUCCUCAAAGACAUCGUGGCCAAGAUUCCGGAUCCGGUGCAUGGAGGGGCAGAGGACCCGGAGCCUUCAACCGACCAACGAAAACGAUCGACCGGCAAACAGAAAGAAGACGACGAGGAUGCGAUGGGCGAGGAGGAGGAGGACUCAGGCUUGGGCGGGGCUGAAGAUGAUGAAGAAUACUAUUAAGAUUAUCAGCUUCAUACUUCAUUCUCUUUUUUUCUCCCUUUCUUUCCCUUUUCAAUCGAAUGCUUCGUAUUGUAGUCCUCGUCACCCUCUUGUCUAAUUUGUCUAGCCAUACAAAACAGAAGCAGAAGAAAAGUACACGAGUGGACGGCGCGACAGUUGGCAAUCUAUAGAAUUAAGAAUAUCUACAUAUAGAAAACAAGUAUCAACAACAUCAUUUCCGUUUUUCUCUUGGUCAUAUUUUCCUCUUAUAUUCAUAAGCAUUGUUUUUAUGGAAUUAACUCGGAAGAAGAUUGACUUUCAAAAAAAA